AUGGAUGAUUCACGGUUUAAUGACAUAUUUAAUGGGGAUUUCGAUGGCAAUUAUGAUAAUGUAAUGAACCGCAUAGUAGAACACAUUAAUUAUCCAAGUUGUGAAGGUAGUGGUGCCUCAUUUUCUGGUGCUAGAGAUGACAGUGAUGGAAACGACGCCGACGAUAGUAACGAUGAUAGUGAUGAUGACAGUGACGAUGACAGUGAUGAUGACGAUGCAUUUAUUUUAAUGAGGAUGGAUGCAACCACUUUGUUGAGUUUGUGCACUGAAUUAGAAACGCACCAUGGCUUAAAACCGUCAAGAAGAAUGAGCGUUAUUGAAAAGGUGGCAAUGUUUCUAUUUACAAUAGCAAUUGGGGCGUCAAAUAGACAAGUGCAGGAACGCUUUCAGCAUUCAGGUGAAACUAUUAGUAGAUGUUUUAAAGAAGUGCUUAAAUUAUUACGUUUGUUUGCUGUGGAAGUCAUAAAACCAGUAGAUCCACAAUUUACAAGCACACCAAGAGAAAUUGCUAUGAAUCCAAGAUUUAUGCCACAUUUCAAGAAUUGUGUCGGUGUAAUUGAUGGAAUACAUGUUCGUGCUUGCAUACCAUCUGAAAAUCAAAUUCCAUUUAUUGGAAGAAAAGGAUGGGAAGGCAGUGCACACGAUACGCAUAUUUUUCUUGAGGCUAUUGCCAAUAGUAAUAUCAAAUUUCCAAAACCUCCAGAAGGAAAAUACUAUUUGGUUGAUGCUGGAUAUCCAAACGAGUAUGGGUAUUUAGGUCCCUACAAAGGCGAGAGGUAUCACUUCCAAGAAUUUAGGCGGCGUGGACAACCAAGUGGUCAGAAAGAAGUGUUUAAUCGUGCACACUCGUCAAUACAUAACGUGAUCGAACGUUCUUUUGGGGUAUGGAAACAGAGGUGGAAAAUUUUGCAAAACAUGCCUGCUUAUUCAUAUAAAACACAAGUUGAGAUUAUAGUUGUAUCAAUGGCACUACAUAACUAUAUUAGAAGGAGUUCGCAAGAUGAUGCAGUUUUUUCUGAGUAUGAUCGCAACCCCAAUUUAAUUCCAGAUGACUUUUUACCUGAUAUUGUUCAGGCUUCGGCCGUUCAAGGCUCACAAAGGCCUUCACGUAUGGAUUUUGUACACGAUGGAAUUGCAAAUAGUUUGACGGAACAAUAA